CCGAUUAGCUACGUCUAUUCCAAUAUGGCAGCGUAGUGCUCAUGGAGUAACGCGGCUGUUACAUGCCAACAUGUCUCUUCUCCGAGCUUGCUCUCUCUCCAAAUGCCUCGGUCGGCGCAGUUUAGCGGACGUUCGCAGGUGUUUUGCGGAGCGCUGCCAGCUGUGUGUCUCGGUGAGAAGCACCGCAGUCAGACGGAUAUCAGAGACACCUUUCUGUCUGCAAAAAAGAAAUAUUUCGUCUGUAAUCCUGAAAUCAGAGGAUGCAAAAAAACGUGUGCAUGAACAGUCUCAGUUGUUAGACGUCCUUAAAGCCAGGAUCCAGCAACUCCAAUCUGACGUCGUUUUAGAUGUCCAACAUGCAAAAGUCCAGUUUCUUAAAUCUCCUUCUUUUGGGGGAGGCGUUUCAUCUGGAAGGACUGUCAAAGGAUCCUCUAAAGACAAAAGCGACAUUCCUAAAUCUGGGAAGGUGGUUACAAAAGGGGCCUCCAAGUCUCAGCCGAGCCGCUGGAUGAAAAAAUUAUCUGAGGAGAACAUAAAUAAACUUAAGAAACAGCAAAUCCUCCAGCAGAAAGUACAGAGAAACGCUAAAGAAAAGCUACCGGCUAGCAAAAGUAGCUUAAUGCCCACGAGUGCAACACAUAAAACUAUGUCUUCUCCCGCAAAGAAGAGGAGAGGUGGCACAAAGCUGUCAGACGAAAUCCGCUCCUCGGUUUCUUCAGCAGCCGCAGUAACAGCCGCCACCUCAUCAAAAGCAGCCGAGGCACUUAAAACAUCUAAACAGAAGCGGAGAGACUCAAAAAGUAAAGUUUCUGACAAGGAUGCAACAAAAACAACAAAGGACGGAGAGCUGACUGAGAUUGCGGAGCUUGAAAAAAGACUUAAUGAUCAAGUACAGCAACGCAUACAUUUGAGUAUGACAGAGAGAUUCCAGGAGAGCAGCACAGGAAGUUCAUGUCGGGACAUCCAGCUCAGCAUCCGCUCCUACCUGGAGGCGUGCGUGUUUAUUGGGGACAUUGAGCGCUCGCAAAGUUUCCUGGUCAGUCAGCACAGAGUUAUGAGUCGACGUAAACUUCUUACCACAGAUGUUUACAACAUUAUGAUGAGGGUGUGGGCCAAAAAGGGCACAUUGAGUCAGAUUGGUCGUAUCUUUAUUCUGAUGGAAGAAGCUGGUCUGAAGCCAAACGUGGGCUCCUACUCGGCUGCACUGGAGUGUAUGGGCCGAAAUCCAAACUGCCCCCCAAAAGUAAUUUCGAGGUGUCUGAAUCAAAUGAAGAAGGAUGGGCUGUCUGUGGAUGAUCUGUUCAGGGAGUGUGUUUUCCAACAAGAUGAAAGGGACAUGCUGCUGAAGGCAGUACAGACUGUAAAACCAGACUACGAGCCCAGCCUCACCCAGAACGCAAGCCAGUGUUCAUCACCACUUGUACAGGACUUCUACACAAAUAGGGAGCAUCACACUUAUCCCAAACUUGACUUCACUCAGGAGGAGCUCCAGAAGUGUUUUCAAAGUCAGCUCAGUGUGGAGCAGGCCUGCACCAUCACCAUCGACUCUGUUGAGGCGAUGAAGCCCGUCACUGAGAACAUGGUUAAAAUGAGGGAACUGCUGGCAGAACAGCGGGUACAGUGGCAGAAGGUUCUCCUCCAGGCACUGAGGGAGAACAAGAUGAUCCUGACCAAAACCAACACCAGGGACUACAAGCUUAACCUUUAUCCAUAUCUCUGUCUGCUGGAGGAUAAGGAGUACGUUGACAUUAUGAUACAGAGUGUUUCUAACAUGCCUCCUAGUGGGGAGUCCCUGAAGAUUUUAGCUCAUGAUCUGGGCAACAGGAUCUAUACCAAGUACUGUGUGAGACAGAAGCACCAGAAUCGCGUUGUAGAGAAGCUGGGAAGUAUUUAUGAUGCCUACACAGAACUGCUGGCCAAAGAUACCAAGGUGUGCAAUGUCCUUCCAAGGGAGCAGUGGUGUAAACUGGAGAUGGAGCAGAGUUCAGGACCCAUGCUCCAGGGUGCAGAGACAAGUUGGCCAUAUAUUCUAAUGCUGGAGCUGGGAACCUUCAUUGUGGACAUAAUGGUGAAGAAUCUUAAAAUUAACAGUGACAUCCUGAACCCCGCCUAUGACAGAAAGCUCAUCCCCAUCCUCUACCACAUGUAUACCUUCCGCAGCACCAGACAGGUUGGCUUCAUCAAGCCACACCCCAUCUUGACACAGAUGCAGCAGGAAGCCAUGGAGACCACGCUGACCUUUGACUCCUCAGUGAUGCCGAUGCUAUGCCCUCCGGUGCCGUGGACAUCGGAGAAGUUCGGCGCCUACCUUCUCACCCCGGCUAAGCUGAUGCGCACCACGCACGGGGCCACGCAGCACGAGGAACUGCUGGAGAAGUGUCCAAAUCUCCACCCAGUUUUUGACUCGCUCAACCAGUUGAGUAAUUGUGCCUGGAGGAUCAACAAACCGAUUCUGGACAUAAUCAUCUCGAUCUUUAACGACCGGGGCAGCGAUAAGCUGGACGUCCCUCCGCCUCUGUCAGAAGCCCCUAAAAUACCCCACUUCAACUCUCAGGACCUCACUUACACAGCCAGCGAGAAGGCACACAUGAAACGAGAGGUGAUCAAUGCUAAGAAGAAGUGUAGCGAGAUGCACAGCCUGCGAAUGGACGCUCUUUAUAAACUCUCCAUUGCCCACCACAUGCGGGACAAGCUGUUCUGGUUUCCCCACAACAUGGACUUCAGGGGGCGCACAUACCCAUGUCCUCCGUAUUUCAAUCACUUGGGAAGUGAUGUGACUCGGGCGACGCUCAUGUUCGCUGAGGGGAAGCCUCUUGGUCCCAAGGGUUUGGACUGGCUGAAGAUUCACCUGGUCAACUUGACGGGGUUGAAGAAGAGGAGCUCACUGCAUGGACGUCUGGAAUACGCCGACAGCAUCAUGGAGGACAUCCUGGACUCUGCAGACGACCCUCUGAACGGUAAAAAAUGGUGGAUGGAGGCCGAUGAGCCAUGGCAGGCACUGGCCUGCUGCAUGGAGAUAGCCAACGCAGUCAGAUCACCCGAUCCAACUAAGUUUGUCUCUCACUUUCCUGUUCACCAGGACGGCUCCUGCAACGGUCUCCAGCACUAUGCUGCUCUUGGCAGAGAUGUUAUCGGUGCGACUUCCGUCAACCUCAUGCCCUGCGAGGUGCCCCAGGAUGUAUACAGCGGCGUAGCACAGCAGGUCGAAGAGCUGCGAACUCGGGAUGCUGCAAAAGGCCUGAAGAUCGCCCAGGUUCUGGAGGGCUUCAUCAGCAGGAAGGUGGUCAAACAGACGGUGAUGACUGUGGUGUACGGAGUCACUCGUUACGGAGGGCGCCUGCAGAUAGAGAAGAGGCUAAAGGAGAUUGAUGAGUUUCCCAAGGAGCACGUAUGGGAUGCGUCACAUUACCUUGUGCGCCUGGUGUUCAGUGGCCUAAAGGAGAUGUUUACGGGAACCAGAGAGAUUCAGGACUGGCUGACAGAAAGUGCCAGGCUGAUCUCCAAGUGUGGCCACACUGUGGAGUGGGUGACGCCCCUGGGUUUACCGAUCAUUCAGCCUUAUCAUCGCACACGCAGUUUAGUGCUGAAGAGUACCAUGCAACAUAUAAACCUCCAAAUCAGCCACGACAUUAAAGAGUAGAAUUUGUCGCUACAAGUUUUCAAAAUGCAGCUUGAAUAAGCUUCCAGGUUCCAGGACACACUUUGGAUUCUGUCCCAUGGAAAAGGUUUUGGCUCUCACAGAUUCCAUAUAUUUAUUUAUUUUAUUUUUUAUCUUUUGGGGACCCUGACAUGUUUCUGGUCAUCUAACAAGUUUUUCGGACAAAAAUGCGUAAAUAGAGACGGAAUAUUUCAAGGGAAAGACUAUCCAAACCAAUAGAGAACCAUGUAGAAAAUGUAAUUGCCCCCUAAACAUUAAACUACCCUUGCCAACAAUAACUCCUAUCAAGUGUUUAUUAUACCUUACAGGCAGUUAGGGGGUGUAAGCAAAAAGAUGGCAUGACAGCAUUUGAAUCAGAUGUAUGCCCAGUUUUUGACUUGACCACUCCAAAAUAGUAAAUUACGUUUUAUUAUUCAGACAUUAACUUAACAGUAUAAUUUGGAUCAUUGUGCUGUAGAAGUCAUGGUUCAGUCAGUUCAGUUCUCCAGCGCUGAAAGAAUUAAAUCAACCUCAGAUCACCACCAUGUUUGAUUGUUAUGAUGAUGUUUUGCACCAUUCACAACAGAAUUGUCCACCUUCCAAAAAGGUUGAUUUUAGUCUCAACAGUCUACAGAGUAAGUCUUGGGGAUCAUCAUCAUCAAGAUGUUUAUUUCUGCUGUGUCCUGCUCUUAUUCUUAAAUUGUGAAGACCCACAUUAACUGAGGCAAGUGAGGCCUGCAGUGUUUUUCUUGCUGUUCUGGGUUCUUGUGCAAUCUGCUGGAUGAGCUGACAGUUUUUUAUGAUUGGUAACGCAUUGUUGUCUUAGACAGAAAAAAAAAUUAAACCACACUUUGCAGUUUCAAACUUGACGCCCAUAAUGGUUUUCUUGGUGGACUAACCCCAACCAGUAGCACACUUAUGUUAUGUUGGGAUCAAUAUUACUUUUUUUGUGGAAAAAAGAGCCUCACUUUAUGUACAAAUCAGAAUAAACUUGUCUCGGGGGGGAAAAAAAGACUCCAGUGACCUGAAAAAAAUAAACCAGGCUAUAUAAUCUCCAACUUGUCUUCCAGAUAGCAUUGACAUGGUACAAGCAUUUGCAUUUUGCAUUAUUGAUUGCUACGCACAGUUUUAGUAAAUAAUUGGGUUAAAAGCAAAAGAUCUGUAGUGGCAACACAAAUUAAUUCAUGUUAAUGUUAAAAGAAACCUGUUCUAGUAAUCACAAGGGAAUGUUAAUGUGUCGCCUGCUCUGUUAAACUUCCAAUCUUUGUUGGCUAAAAGCUGCUAAAGCUACCAGCCGCUCAGUUAAACAAAACAAUUAUAUGAAUUAAACCGCAUUGAUUCAGAUAAAUUUUAAAGGCGAAGCUUCAAAAUAAAGUCUACUUCCUCUUUGAUGAGCAUUAAACGUCUUAAGCGCUGAGGGGAAAGUUUGAAACAAGCUGGAGUCAUAAGAGGUGAGAGGAGCAAAACACAACAAAGAGAGACAGACUGAGAGACAGGAAUGGUAAAUGAAGUAAUGACAGAGGCAGAGCAAUGGAGACAUGGCCCAGAAAGACUGACAGCUGUCCUCUUCAGUCUGACAUCCACCACUCUGCAGAUCCUGCUUUGUGAAUAUGAAACAACAGGCAGAGUGGAGGGAAAGCAGGAGGGCGGUGGGAGUCAAGAGUUGAGAGGAAGGAGACAACUCUGCCUUUUUUAACUAAAAUUGAAGGUCUGCUGUCAGCAAAACCAUCUCUGUCUGAGUGGAACUUGACAACGUCAUUACAACUUGCUUUGGUCUCGCAUUAAAAACGUACCUUCUGGUCUUUACAAACCACCCUAAUAUUAUGAGAGCUUACUAAAGCUCAGCGUAUCAAGUUAUCUAUUUAGCUGCCGAGUUAAGACUGCAUGGUGUGCAGGGUUCCUAUGUAUUAUUGAAAAGUCUGGGGAUUGAUUUUUAUCAAUUUCC